UUACAACUCAAUGCCCAGUAUGAGUAGUGCACCAAGACAUUUGAAAAAACGUAGGCAUAGCAAAGCUUGUGCAAGGUGUCGCAAAAGGAAAAUACGAUGCGAUUUCCAGUACCCAACUUGCGGAGAAUGCUCCAUAGCGAAAGAACAUGCUUGGGAUUUGAUUCCAUUCACAAGACCGAGAAACCGCGAAGUAUUGUUUCGUACCUCGAGGAGCAGGUGGCUCGUUUGGAAAUUGAGCUCCGCCAGAUCAAGACCCAAAGCACUGACAUCUCGGAUCUGGUAAACGUGACAGUGGAGAGAUUGACUACCUCCGUUGCGGUAGCCACUCUUGAGCCAGCAGGGAAAUUGCGAAAGCAAGAAAACGUCAUUCCACUCACUUCAUCGUAUUUUCUGUCCGCAUCUCCUGUUCCAUAUCUCAACAGCCAAGCCUGGGACAACAAUAAGCUCGAGAGACCGAAAGAGUCUUUGUCAGACGCUAUCACCAUCUCCACAAUUCCUCGUCAUGUGGUUGAGACCAUGUUGAAACACUACUGCGAGAUAUAUCGCCCACAAUAUCCAGCAAUUGAUGAGUCAGAGCUGUACGAAGCCUGUGAGAGGGCUUAUAACAAUGCAAAUCCCUCUGAUUUUGAUAUGUAUUGUGUUCACAUUGCAUUGGCUAUUAGUACUAGCACCCUCAUCGUCAAAGAUGAGAAAAGGGCCACGAUCGCUACACGUGGCCUCUGGGCUACUGCUGUUGCCUAUUUGAGCCAGGUUGGUCUGUCAAAUUCCUGGGAACGACUGAUAUCAUUACAACUUCUUACUCACUACGCGUAUUUGAACCCACAAGAUGUUGAUUGCGGGAGUUGUGCAACUGCAUCUACGAGAUUGUGCUUCAACCUUGGCCUGCAUUGCGAAUUACCUCUCUCGGAUCAGACGAACCAGGAUGUUACGACACUAAACUCUCGAAGGAGACUGUUAUGGAACUCGCAUAGCAUUGAUUCGGCCUUUCACACAGUCACUUGUCGACCUUUCGCUUGGCCACCAGAUGCAUUUUCAGCGAAGAUUCCUGACUACUGCCCACAAACAUCACAUACUGCUCAUGUCUGGUCACUGCGACAAAUCGAGACCGAAAUAACUUUGGUCUUCUAUUAUCCUUCGUUGAUUCGGAACGACGAACUAUCAAAUAUCACCGAUGACGAGUGGUCUACCCGCUGUCAUGAUCGAUUGAGCGAGUGGUAUCGGAUCACUCAUCAAAGUGUCAACCUUUCCGAGAAAAUUGAGUUCAUGAAUUAUUCCUCCAGCUUCAACUUUUGAGACUCAACCGAUCUUCCCCACGCUUCCCGAAUCCGACCAUGGAGAUGCGUAAGAAGGCUCUCAAAGCAUCUAUAGCCCUGAUCAAGGAACUCAGCGUCAUAGAUCGACUCGGCAAGCUUUUCUAUCUAUGGCAUGCAACCUAUUGUCUUGUCGAAGCUGGUAUAUGCUUACUCGUAUCAAUGGU